AUGAGGAGGGAGAACCAGAGCUGCAUGUCCGAGUUCAUCCUCUUGGGGCUCCCCAUCCAGCCAGGGCAGCAGAGCAUGUUCUUUGCCCUGUUCCUGGGCAUGUACCUGACCACAGUGCUGGGGAACCUGCUCAUCAUCCUGCUCAUCAGGCUGGACCCUCACCUCCACACCCCCAUGUACUUCUUUCUCAGCCACCUGGCCCUCACUGACAUCUCCUUUUCAUCAGUCACUGUCCCUAAGAUGCUGAUGAACAUGCAGACAAAGGAUCUAUCCAUUCCCUAUGCAGGGUGUGUGACACAGACAUAUUUCUUCCUAUUUUUUACUGGUCUGGAUGAUUUCCUUCUCACCUCCAUGGCCUAUGACAGGUAUGUGGCCAUCUGUCACCCUCUCCAUUACACCACCAUCAUGAGAGGGGAACUGUGUACCUUACUAGUAACUGUAUCUUGGAUUCUGUCCUGUGCAAAUGCCCUUUGUCAUACCCUCCUCCUGGCCCAGCUGUCCUUUUGUGCUGACAACACCAUCCCCCAUUUCUUCUGUGACCUUGGUGCACUGCUCAAGCUCUCCUGCUCAGACACAUCCCUCAAUGAGCUGGUCAUUUUCAUAGCAGGAGUGGUUGUGAUUAUGCUUCCACUCCUGUGCAUUCUGGUCUCUUAUGGCUACAUUGGGGCCACCAUCCUCAAGGUUCCAUCCACCAAGGGCAUCUGCAAAGCCUUGUCCACUUGUGGCUCCCACCUCUCUGUGGUUUUUCUAUAUUAUGGAACAAUUAUUGGGUUAUAUUUGGUCCCCUCAUCUAGCACCUCCAGUGAGAAGGACAUAGUUACCUCUGUGAUGUACACAGUGGUCACCCCAUUGCUGAACCCCUUCAUUUACAGCCUGAGGAACAGGGACAUGAAGGGGGCCCUGGAGAAACUCUUCUACAAGGCACCAGUCUUGUCUCAAUGA